AUGCAACAGAAACGUACAAGUAGCGAGGAAUUCGCAAUCGACGAUGAGAAUGAUGAGGAAGCAUUGUUGUAUGGGGUUCCGCGAAAGAAAAGAAUAACGGAAUAUUUCAAAGAUUUAUCCUUAAAUAAUAAAGACGGAGUUUAUAGUAAUCACAUAUCGAUACUACUGGCUACAAAAGCCAAUGGGAAUCGGCAAAUAAAUUCAACGGAUACACCACCAAUUGAGAAUUGCACACCAGAAGACCGUGAGGAAACCCAAGACGCUGAGUUGAUGAUACCCAGUGACAACGGCGAAAAUCGCAAGUACUACAUAUCAAAAAAAUUCAUUGACCCAUUGAUUAUACUCCAUGGGAAAGAUGAGGCUGAUCAAUUACAAGCGAAAAAGAGGGAGAUUUUUGAGAAGAUAGCGCGAGAAAGAAAACAAAACCGGGAAACCCUGGAUGGUCACAACAAUCACGAGGAGGAAGAAAAUGAUUUUGACGAUGAUGGUGAUGAUUUAAUGGUUAUUGAUGAAGGAUUAGAAGUCACAAGACGACAUCCCAGAAAUUCUUUUGGGGAAAAGAUAGACAACGCCGAAAUAUAUUAUGGGAUCUACCUAGAUAAGAACUGGUCAGUGGUCAAAUAUCAUGACCCUCAUGAAGUGGUGUGGAAUCACUGGGAAAAGGGUUUGGCAAAGCCAUCAUCCUCUUCACAAGACCUAGAAGACUUCGAGAUGAUCAUCGAUCCGUGA